CAUGAAUCCACUGAAAAAGAUAAAGCUAAAGUUAGACAUAACCCGCUACACUUAAUUCUUUAAGCAAACCAAACAAAAAACAGUGUUGAAAAAAAUGGAGAGCAAUGCAAAAAUAACAGUAAUCUAUGUCCAUCCGCUCAAGUCAUGCAAAGCCAUCUCUGUUCGUCAAGCACCCAUUACUCCCACUGGAUUAAGAUGGGAUAGAAAUUGGAUGGUAGUGAAUGAAAAAGGGAGAGCAGUGACUCAAAGAGUGGCACCAAAGCUUGCUUUGAUUGAUGUGGAGCUGCCUCACGAGGCAUUUGUAGAAGAUUGGGAGCCUGCUCAAAAUUCUUAUAUGGUGAUAAAGGGUCCUGGAAUGCCAGAGCUCAAAGUAUCACUAGCAAAACCAGAAGAAACAUCGGACGGUGUGAAAUUAUGGGAGUGGUGUGGCUCUGUGUUGGACGAAGGAGCUGAAGCUGCUAAAUGGUUUUCUGAUUAUAUUGGGAAACCCAGUCGUCUUGUUCGUUUUAAUUCUGGAUCAGAAACAAGGCCAGUGGCUCAAUAUGCUCCUGAGCACAAUGUUUUGUUUUCCGACUUUGGUCCGUACCUGGUUGCAUCUCAGGGAUCAUUAGAUGAAUUAAACAAACAUUUAAAGGAAGGGGUUUUGAUGAAUAGAUUUAGACCCAGCAUUGUAGUUGAUGGCUGUGAACCAUUUGCUGAGGACUUAUGGAAAGACAUUAAAAUAAAUAAAUUUGCCUUUGGAAGUGUCAAACUAUGCGCUCGUUGUAAGAUACCUAGCAUUAAUCAGGAAACCGCAGAAGUAGGGCCAGAGCCAACUGCAACUCUAAAGGAUCUUCAUUCUGAUAAGACUUUGCGCCCAAGUAUGAAAGACAAAGGAGAGGUCUAUUUUGGUCUCUAUUUAGUUUGGAAAGACAUUAUGAAUGGAGUUAAAGGGAACAUAAUUAAAGUUGGAGAUCCUGUUUUCGUUCUCAACAAAAUCUCUUCUACAGAAGAAGCCGCCGUUUGAACCUUUUUAUGUUAUAAUAUCAAAUAAAAUUUGUAGAAUAUGUUUUGAAGUGUGUUUAUGAAUUUUUGAACAUUAAAAGUUUAAAUGGCAUUGUUUUCAGAGAGGCUUUUGAUAGGGCCAGAACGAUGAA